AUGAGCAUUUUAUCAUUGCAGGAUGUGGAAAAGAUUACGAUCCAGGCACUGGUCCAUCUUUCGCAAUUGGUCCAGGUGCUUGUCCGUGCUCUCUCGCCCAACAUCCUUAUCAGUCUUCUCUACAGGAUGGGUGUCCUGAUGACAGUCUCUCAUAUUGCCCCCAGCUUGAACAUUGGACAGGAUACUGUAUUGUCCAACGAUCAUGGCUACGCACGGAAAUUAUCACGGGAUUACUCUUUGGACGACGAUGACGAGAGCAGCAGCCGAGUGAUGCCUUUCUUGGCCAGCAUGGCGAAACCUGUCUUGCUGAUGACACAUACCCGCAUCUUGUUGCAGUACUUUGGAUACGCACGGCCAGCAUUGGCGAUCUGGGGCUGGCUCAACAGUUUCUUGUGUCUUGCACUCUUUGCAGCCGAGCUGGUGUUGGCGCGUGAUGAUGCAUGGGAGCAUUACCGCAAUGAUUGA